GAUGAGGCGGCGAGGAGAGGCGCAGGCCCGGUUGGUGGAGCCGCAGGAAUGGCGACCAGGCUCCUCGCUGCAGGAGGAUCCGAACAACAGACUUGGCCCGGCCCUCUGGAGCAGCGGCAGCCGCUUCCUCUCCUUCGCCCAGGUGGAGGCGGGAGAGUCGGAGAGUGAGAGAGUCCCGGACGCUGCACUUCUACAACCCAAGAGCCGGUUCCUGAAGCAAAAGCCCAGCAGUAGCCACGCUGACCAGCGGGCCGGGCGAGCAGAACUCCCCGUUGCUGCAAGACCCACCCCGAGCUCUGGUUCCCAGGGGAGGGCAGGAGCUGUUCUCAGGAAAUUGGCGCAGAUAGAGAGCAAGAUCCAGAAGCGGAAGGCUAGGCUGGGCACAGACGGCUCUGUUGCCCAACAGAUGCUGACUGAUGGAGAGUUGUCCUGGAGCCAGUCUAGCCAAGAUGAGGAGCAAAGUGUAGGAGGGCUGCGGUACCUGAAGACAGAUGCCAAGCCAAAGGAAGCCUCGGUGCCCGGUCCAUACCAAAAUAACACAGUUAGCCUUGGCAGGGAGAAGGAAGAUAUGAGACACUUAAUAGAUGCUACUGGUAAAUAUAAGAGGCAGAAGGGCAUUUCCCAGGCUAGGCCUGGGGGUAAGCCUGUCCUGAACAGUCAGCUGAGUGUGCCUACAAAAACGACUCCUCCUUCUCCCAGCAGAAGAUCAUCUCCACCUGGUAGAAGUUCUCUGAAGAAAAACUUUCACAGGACUCUCUCCCCUCCAAGCAGGAACAUACCCGUGCUCAGCAGGAGGACUUCUCACUCCCUGUCUUCAUCCAUCAAUGACAACCAUGCAGUAACAGCUUCCCCUAAAGCAGAUGAGAGAUCUCUGUCUGAAGGAAGUCACAUCAGAUCUCUGAAUGAGCUGUUCUUGGGUACAGCUAAUGCCCAGUGUACCAGCAGCAGCAGCAGCAGCAGUGAUUUCCAAGUGAAUGUUUUGAGCCUUAAUGACUUGGCAUCCAGUAUGACUUUCCAGAAGGAAGGGUUAACGGAAGAGGCAACAGUGAUGGAGACAUCUGGAAGUUUAAGCAGGGAACUGGAACCAGAGUUGUAUUUUGAUGACACCCAAAGCGCCUUGAAGGCUCCAGGUGCCACCGUGGGGGAAACUGCAGCUCUUGAGGAAGAUCUGGAAGGGACAGAAAUCUCUGAGCAGUUAAGUGGGAAUUCUGCUGAACAUUCCACUUGCAAGCAAGAGAACCCCUCUAGUCCAGCAGAGUACUCCGAAGACUUUGACUCAUUGUCUGAGGAUGCAGGGAGGCAGUCCUUCUCAGAAGACUCACAGGACUGGUCAGGCGCUUCUCUGCAGUCUGGACUGCCUGAUCCAUCCUCAUGUCUGCCUCAGACAGGGACCAGAAGCCCCCACGCGGCAAGAAGAAUCACUGUGAAGGAGGCGGCUGUGCAGACUGGCACCUCGUCACUUGCUCCUCACUGCUUAAAAACUGCUGCUGGCGUUGACUGGAUUGCUGAAGCCUCGCUCCCCACCCAUCACAUUGUGAGCAUGGAUGCCCAGCAAGAACUGGCAGCCUACAGUCCUAUAUCAGCCUUAAAUGACAUGUUGAAGCAGAACUUGCUACUUAUCCGGCAGUUUGUAGAGGCCAGCCGCCGCCUUCACUUAUCUUUUGUGGCACAGCUGGAGAAGGAGGAAUUCCACUACCACACACUGGAAGAAGCCAAGAUGUACAUUGACCAUCACAAGCUUUCACCUCUGACCCUGGAGCAACCUUUGCACAAACUGGAAGACCAGGAGCCGGCAGCUGUUUAGACCUUCUGGACCCUUGGGAAAGGAGAAGCAAGAGGCAAACAGCUGAGACCGGCCUCUUAAACCCCAAGUGCUGGAGCAAACCAGACACAGGGGGAAUUUUUAAGGGAAUUAAUCCCAAGGGUAGGUCGACCAAUGAGAACCCUCCACAGAGGUCGUGAAAGAACAUUGGAGCUCGAGACCAGAUUGUUUCCCUGACUUGCUGCUACUGCAGAGUUCUGAAACUGAGUAUCGAGUUUUAGCUGCCACUGGAAACUACCAGAAUGCAAAGUGCAUAGUAUUAAAACAGCCAAACUGAAAGUUUGUUCCAGUGCUGCACCUCUCCCCCACACACAUGUCCAAA